AUUUAAUCAAAAAUCGCAAUGGAAGACUCAGGCUAUUUCAAUGAUUCCUGCAAUAACUCGAGUGAUGCCGAUGAAAGACCUAGAGCCAAGUUGAGCAUGUAUGCCAGAAUGAAAUAGCGAAGCAGGAGAACUCGAGGCCAAAUAUGAGAUCUUCAAAAACAUUAUAAUCGGCCAGAUCGAUCCCAACUCCUUUGUGCCUCUCCUAGAGUGAAGUAAUAGUGAAGAAGAGAAAGAGAAUAUCCCUUAACUCAUCCUAACGCUAAUUAGUU